ACAGGAGGGGCGUUGAUGACGUUAGGUUGCCGCGCUGUGGCCGCCGGGAGGAAGGUCGGGUGGAGGUCAGCGGGAGGUUAGCGCCCCACGCCGCCGCCGCCAUCAGCCGUAGGGAUGCUCGCCGCGCUCGGCCGGGCGGGGACACAGGGCGCCCUCAGGCGAGGGUUGCUGACAUUGUGUGCGCGGCGGGCGCUGAGGACCAGUGGAUGCCGGUGGGAUGAAGGCCUGGCCUCGCCGCCCCUGGACAACGUGCCCAGGGACUACCCGCCCAAGAUCAAGCAGCUGGUGCACGACAUCGCCGGCCUCACCCUGCUGGAGAUCUCUGACCUCAACGAGCUGCUGAAGAAAACACUGAAAAUCCAGGAUGUUGGGAUGAUGCCGGUGGCUGGAAUGAUGGCUGCUUCUCCUGCCUCCCAGGAGGUCGAUGAGGAGGAGGCUCCGGCCAAGAAGGAGAAGACCCAGUUCACGGUCAAGCUGGUGGAGUUCAAGGUCGCCGACAAAGUCAAGCUCAUCAAAGAAGUGAAGAGCUGUAUGACCGGCCUGAACCUGGUGCAGGCCAAGAAGCUGGUGGAGUCGCUGCCACAGGAGAUGAGGGCCAACGUGUCGAAGGAGGAGGCGGAGAAGCUGAAGGCGGCCCUGGAGGCUGCGGGAGGGACGGUGCAGAUCGAGUAACGCACCCGCCCGGCCUGCGAGGCCGCAACCCAGACACCGUUCGGCGGCCUUGCGCCCGACUGAUGCCACGGCUGCUGCACCGCCUCCCGGCACUGCAAGCGUUGAGCGGGGACUGUCGCUAGACCAAGAUGUUUGUUUGUAUGUAUGUCUGCACGCGGUGGUUUUCCGCCAGUUCCAGGGUGCCAGGGGGGGCGCAGACAUAAAGAGGGAGGUGCUGCCUAUCCAGACCCACCAUGUACAGUUAGCGACCCACAGUGGGUACAGUGGCCCGCUGCGGGUACAGCACGCCCUCCGCUCUGCUUGUCGCGGCCAUUCAAUAUUAAACGAGGAAAAGAUGGAACGUUUUUAAA